AUGAUAGAGAUAAACCAACGUCAGUUCCGCCCUCUCACGCGGCUAUCCCGGGGGACCUCCUCUCACAGCCUCGCCUCGUCGUCCGUCGUGUCGCCACACGACGCUGCCUCCUCACGCCACCCCCCGGCAGCCGCACUUGAGUGCGCGAACGACUGCAGAAACGGGAGCUUCCAGCCCCUUCCCGCCUCCUCGUUUCCCUUCGCGCCACCCCAAUUCACGUUCCCUCCUCCCCGUUUCCCCUUUCCGCUCUCCAUUACCCCUUCCCGACUCCCCGUUUCCCCUUCCCGCCUCCCCGUUUCCCCGUCCCGUUCCCGUUUCCCCUUCCCGCCUUCCCGUUUCCCUCUCCCGCUCCCCGUUUCCCCUUCCCGCCUCCCCGUUUCCCCUUCCCGCUCCCCGUUUCCCCUUCCCGCUCCCCGUUUCCCCUUCCCACUUUCCCGUUUCCCCUUCCCGCCUCCCCAAUUCCACCUUCCGCCACCCCGUUUCCCCUUCCCGUCUCCCCAUUUCCCCUUCCCGCCUCCCCGAUUUUCCUUCCCGCUCCCCGUUUCCCCUUCCCACCUCCCCGUUUCCCCUUCCUGUCUCCCCAUUUCCCCUUCCCGCCUCCCCGAUUUUCCUUCCCGCUCCCCGUUUCCCCUUCCCACCUCCCCGUUUCCCCUUCCCGCCGCCCCAGUUCCCCUUUCUGUCACCCCGUUUCCCCUUCCCACCUUCCCGUUUCCCUAUCCCACUCCCCAUUACCCUUUCCCGCCUCCCCGUUUUCCCUUCUCUACUCCUCAAUUCCCGUUCCAGCCUGCUCAUUUCCCCUUCCCGCUCCCCGUUUCCCCUUCCCACCUCCCUGUUUCCCCUUCCCGCUCCCCAUUACCCCUUCCUGCCUCCCCGUUUCCCAUUCCCGCUCCCCAUUACCCCUUACCGCCACCCCAUAUCCCCUUUCCGCCUACCCAUUACCCCGUUUCCCCCCUUUCUUCCUCUCGUUUCUCCCCCUCUCCCUCUCGUUUACCCCCCUUCCCCCUCUCAUUUCCCCCCCUUCUCCUCCUUGUUUUCCCCGCUUCUCCCUCUCAUGUCCCCCCUGUCCCCUUCUCAUUUCCCCCCAUUCUCCCUCUCAUUUCCCCUCAUGCUCCCCAUCAUUCCCCCCCUUUCCCCCUCUCGUUUCCCUCCCAUUCACCUGCUCAUUUCCCCCCUUUCUCCCUCGCUCUCCCCCCCCCCCCUGCUCCCUCUCAUCUCCCCCCCUCCUCCUUCCCGUUUCCCCCCCUUCUCCCUCUCAUUUCCCCCCCUUCUUCCGCUCAUUGCCCCCCUUUUUCCUUCUCAUUUCCAUCCGUUCUCCCCCUCAUUCCCCCCAUGCCCCCCCUCAUUCCCCCCAUGCCCCCCCUCAUUCCCCCCAUGCCCCCCCUCAUUCCCCCCAUGCCCCCCCUCAUUCCCCCCUUUUUCUCCCUCUCAUUUCCCCCCCUGCUCCUUGUCAUGCCCCCCCUUUCUCCCGCUCAUUUCGUCGCCUAUCGAGAGGCCCCGCCUCCCGAAAGUAAGCGACAAGAGGCGGCACUAAAACUGCCGGUCCGCCAUAAGUCUCUCCUCGCCCCCCGCCGCUCGUCAUCGCGAGGGAAGGCACCAUCGCACGAUCGUCGCUUGUCGCGUUGCCCAGUGUGGCAUCGCCCUGCCUCACAGGACAAGUUCAGGUUCAGCAGAGUUAGGCAGCUUAUUGGGAGCAGCAUCAGACACAAGUGUUGA